AUGUUGUAUCGUGCCACGCGAUGGAAGCUGGAAGGCCAGGACCUCCAGUCCUUCAAACAAGGCAUGGUUUCACUAUCUAGACGUCGGACGUUCACAAGACGAACGGUAAAGGUGGACAUCCCUGUACCAGUAAUAGAUCAAAGGGAGGUGGCGUUUUGCUAUUUCACUAAAAUAGCUUCAAUUGAUCGGAAAAGAAAGAAUAAACUGGGAUAUCACCUAAAGCACCAAAAGAGCAAUAACUUUUUAGCCUGGUUAGGUAUGUCGGCUAAUGAUUCAUCUGCUAUCGUAGUGUCUGGAUGUGACUCGACUGGAGUCAGUGCCUCGACAAAAUAUACAACUCCAAAUAGGUUGUUAGAAGUCAGUAGCGGAAACGUAUCAAAGAUAAACCAACAGAUGAAAAUAUUGGAGACUGGUGGAGAUUUGGAACAGUGUACGUCUUUGCCGUCGAACGAUUUUCGACCGAUGACUGUAAUGAUUGGCAUAGAGCAUGGUCCAAUUGUGGAAGAUUGCGACUCAGAAAUGACCCAACCGACUCGUAAAGCUCUUAUCAAACAGGUGGAUUGCAUUGACCUCAUUGUGUCAAUGUUAAAUGUUUUGUCAUUAAAUGAUAAACGCAAAAUAAAAGAAUCCGAAAAGGAACAUUUUACUCUUUUGAUAAAACGGUUUUUUAUGUUAAUACAUAUUUUCUUUAUCGUUAUAAUUAUCAUGUCAAUCAAGAAUUUUUUUGAGUUAUCGUUAUUGAAUAAAAACAAACUCACCUGCCUGAUUGAAGCUGAUAAAAUCGAUUUAUUGGAAAACAUGAAGAAAUUUGAAGAAAUGUUAAAGGAUACAUCGAAAAACGACAAUUUACUGUUGGAAAAACAAAUAAAUACGUGUUUCGAAUUGCAGUGCAAAAUCGAAGAUUAUUCGGAAAAACUCGAGGAAUUAGAGGACGAUUACUCGGAUUCGCCAAACACUCUGAUUGAUUUUAUUUCAAACAUUCCUAACGUCGUGAACGAUUUGGGACCCGAAUCAUUGGUUGUGGUUACGUCUGAGAAAGUAGGAAUGCAGUACGUACAAUUAUUACAUGAUUCCGUAAUGAAGAACGUUAUCAUCACCACGAUCAGGGCGCUGACGGCGGGCGAAGUGGAUGUGACGCUGGGAAAUGUGAAGACAGCGCUUCUGGAUGGGUCCGAAGCAGAAUACCGGAAGUUCGUAGGCAGCGAAGCCGUCCGGUUGGUCAUAGCAGACCACGUGCCUGCUGACCGGCUGUUUCGCGUGUGGGGCGACGUUCACCGUGACCAAUGUUUCGCGACGAUUAAAAUGAAUCCUAUUGACGGCGAUGGUAAUGACGCCGAAAACAAGAGUAUAUUAUAA